AUGAAAAACGAUUUUAACUCAGUCGAACUACCUGGCCACUUCCUUUUCACUUCAGAAUCCGUAAAUGAGGGUCAUCCUGAUAAGCUUUGCGAUCAAAUUUCAGAUUCCAUCUUAGAUGCCUGUCUUGAACAAGAUCCAGAAAGCAAAGUUGCGUGUGAAGUUUGUACUAAGCGGGGGAUGGUGAUGGUCUUUGGUGAGAUAAGCACCAAUGCAAAAGUUAACUAUGAAGAGGUGGUCAGAAAUGUGGUAAAGAAUGUAGGAUAUGAUUCUGAAGACAAGGGUAUUGAUUAUAAGACGAUGGAUGUUAUAAUAAAUCUGGACCAGCAAUCGCAUGAGAUAGCACAAGCUGUUCAUCUGGGGAAGGACGCUGAUAACACUUGUGCAGGAGAUCAGGGAAUAAUGUUCGGCUAUGCUACAGACGAGACACCAGAAUAUAUGCCUUUAUCUCAUUCUUUAGCUACCGGCCUUGGCAAGCGUCUAAAGGAUGUUAGGCUGUCUGGUUUGUUGCCCUAUCUUGGUCCUGAUGGCAAGACACAAAUUACCGUUGAAUAUAUAAAGGAAGGCUAUGGUAGCAUUAAACCUAUACGUGUGCAUACGGUAUUGAUAUCACAACAACACUCAGCAAACGUAUCUAAUGAUAAAUUAAGAGAGGAUUUGAUGACUCAUGUGGUUAAGGCAGUGAUUCCCCCGCAUUUUUUGGACGAUAAGACUAAGUAUUACUUAAAUCCUUCUGGUCAUUUCGUAGUUGGUGGCCCAUCCAGCGACGCUGGAUUGACAGGGAGGAAGGUGAUAGUUGAUACUUAUGGCGGUUGGGGAGCCCAUGGCGGUGGUUGUUUUUCAGGAAAAGACGGCACCAAAGUUGAUCGAUCUGCAGCUUACUAUGCCAGAAAAGUUGCAAAAUCUCUUGUAGCUAAUGGAUUUUGCAGGCGAGCAUUGGUUCAAGUAUCAUACUCCAUUGGCAUUAGAUCGCCCCUCUCCUUACACGUAGACUCUUAUAAUACCUGUAUCGAGGGGUUUACUGACUUGGAUCUGGAACAAAUUGCGGUUAGAAAUUUCGAUUUUUCUGUUGGAAAUAUUAUAAAGGAACUACAGCUAAAGAAACCUAUCUAUUCCCAAACUGGAGUGUAUGGUCAUUUUGGAAAAGAUAACCCUGAAUAUCUUUGGGAAAAUGUCAAAGAUCUCUCCCAUGAACUCACACAUAAGCCUAAACGCUAA